CGUUUGCUUCAGUCAGUCUGAGUUCUCAUUUGGUUUGGAAAUGUCAAACAAACAAAAUAGCGCAAAGUGUGUGUAAAAUACAGACACGGGUAACGGGUAUAUUUUAUUCGUUUGAAUAUACGUACUCAUACAUAGCUGCAUUCAAUCAGUAUUUUAUCUCAUGUAGUAGUAGGCAGCGCCACAGUAUUGUUACACCCGGCGGUAACAACGGCAGUGCAAUGAAUCCGGUGUGCUACAAUGGGGGAGCCCAUGAUAGACUCAUUCAUGAGGCUGAUCAGCUAAUAUCUCACAUCGAACGUGGUUCUAUGAUCCUCAAAUUUUAUCCGCGCAAACGCCCCGAACGCCGCUCACUCUCUGUGAGACGAGAAACCCAUCAGGUGAUUUGGUCUAGAACUGGCAUACCGCAAAAGAAUGCCUACGAAGGAGCCCUGGACAUAAGAGAUAUCAAAGAAGUUAGAGUCGGCAAGUCUUCAAAAGACUUCGAGCGGUGGCCAGAGGAGUCCAAGCGGCUGGAGAGCUCCAAAUGUUUCACCAUCUACUAUGGCACAGAGUUCAAACUGCGUGCAGCUUCGUUUGCAGCUCAAACUGAUAAGGAGUGUGAUGCCUGGGUGAAGGGUGUCAGGUUUCUCAUUGAGGAGGCUAUUACAGCAUCCUAUCCGCUCCAAAUAGAAAGGUGGCUAAGGAAAGAAUUCUAUGCUAUAGAAAAUGCAAAUGAAAAUAUUACUUUGAAGGAAGUGAAGGCGUUCCUUCCAAAAAUCAACUGCAAGAUAUCAACAAGCAAAUUGAGAGAUUUGUUCCAAGAAGUGGAUACAAGCAAGAGGGGAGAAAUAGGGUUCGAUGAUUUCUCACUUUUAUACCAAAAAAUAAUCUUCGACGAGAAUAAUGUUCACGACAUCUUUGACAAAUAUUCACUUUACUGCAAGAAUGGCUCUACUAUAACUUUACGGGAGUUCCAAAGCUUCCUCCGUGUCGAACAACAUGAUAAGCUCGGCGAUGACGAAGCAGUUGCUUCCCAGUUCAUCAGGGAUUACCUGAGGGACCCACAGAGGGACAUAUACGAGCCAUACUUUACUCUUCAUGAGUUUAUUGAGAUGCUGUUCUCGAAACAAAAUACAAUCUGGGACAGCAAACAUGAUACUGUCACUCAGAAUAUGACCAGACCACUCUCACAUUACUGGAUAUCAUCAUCGCACAAUACUUAUUUGACGGGAGAUCAAUUUUCGAGCGAGUCAUCUUUAGAAGCUUACGUCCGAUGUCUGAGGGCUGGAUGUCGUUGCAUUGAACUUGAUUGCUGGGAUGGCCCGGAUGGAACGCCGUUCAUCUACCACGGUCACACGCUCACCACAAAGAUACGAUUCAUGGACGUACUACGUACCAUCAAAGAGCACGCCUUUGUUUGUUCUGACUAUCCCCUGGUACUCUCUAUUGAGGAUAACUGCUCCUUGCCGCAACAACGCCGCAUGGCGAGCGCUUUCCAAGAUGUUUUUGGCGAUAUGUUGCUAGUAGCGCCCUUCGAGAAAAAUGAGACUAACUUGCCCUCGCCCCAUGAUUUACGCAGGAAGAUACUGUUAAAGCACAAAAAGCUACCCGAAGGAGCUGAGGAGAAUUCCUUCGCUAUACGUCAGGAGGAGGGAAAGGACUUGGACUUGAGAAACUCGAUAAAAAACGGUAUUCUUUUAUUAGAAGAUCCCGUCGAUAAGGAAUGGAAUCCUCAUGCUUUUGUGCUGACUGAAAACAAGUUAUACUACACUGAGCACUACAGUACUCAGACCGAGACAGACGCGGAGAGUGACGGGGAAGCUGAGGCCGAAGGAGCCUGCGUGCCUCAAGACGAGUUGCAUUUCGGCGAGUGCUGGUUCCAUGGCAAGCUGGCCGGGAACAGGCAGGAAGCCGAAGAGCUCCUACGAUCUCACGCACACCUCGGAGACGGAACAUUUCUUGUCCGAGAAAGCGUAACCUUUGUGGGUGACUACUGCCUGUCCUUCUGGCGGCAGGGCAAAGUGAACCACUGCCGCAUAAAGCUGAAGCAGGACAGGGGAAUCACAAAGUAUUAUUUGAUUGACACCGUAUGCUUUGAUAGCCUCUACAGCUUGAUCACUCAUUACAGACAGCAUCCUCUCCGAAGCCAGGAGUUUCUGAUAACUCUGAAGGAGCCCGUACCACAGCCGAAUAAGCAUGAGGACAAAGAGUGGUUCCACCCUUUCUGCACGCGCGCCCAAGCCGAAGAGUUGCUGCGUAAGGCGAACACAGACGGCGCGUUCCUGAUCAGACCCAGCGAGAAAGAUCAGUCGUCAUUUGCUAUCAGUUUUAGAACGGAGAAAGAGAUCAAACACUGCCGCAUAAAGCUGGAAGGUCGCCUCUACACCAUCGGCACCGUCAAGUUCGAGAGCCUGAUCGAGCUGGUCAACUACUACGAGAAGAACCCGCUGUACAAAAAGGUCAAGCUGUGGUUCCCGAUCAGCGAGGACAUUGUCAGGAGGAUUAUCGCUGAACCAGACGACAACUCCGUGUACGGCACUCCCGGCUACAUGGAUCCCACCGCGUUCACUUCUAAGGUGACGGUGAAGGCGUUGUACGACUACCGCGCCCGUCAAGAUGACGAGCUGUCCUUCUGCAAACAUGCCAUCAUAACUAACGUGGACAAGCCCGAUGAAGGCUGGUGGCGCGGAGACUACGGCGGCAAGAAGCACCACUGGUUCCCCGCCAACUACGUGCAGGAAAUAGAGGUUCCGCACAUUUCCGAAGUCACUGGUCUCGAGAACGAAACCGCAGCUUUGGGCUCAUUACAGAAAGGUGUGGUUGAUGUGUUGGGCGCGGUGGUGGAACUAGUAGUGGGCGAGGAGAGCGGCUCCGCUCGCUGGCUGGUGCGCAUCCAGAGCCCGCAGAUGUGCGCGCCCUUCGACAUGGCGGCGCCAACGCGCGAGGUGGCGCUGGAGUGGCUUUCCGCCAUCAAGGAAGCCGCCUUCAGCGCCAGCGCGCGCUCGCUGCAGCACAGGAAGAUGGAGCGCACCUGGAGGAUCGCCAAAGAGAUGUCCGACCUCAUCGUCUACUGCCGCUCCGUCACCUUCAAUCAGGACCGCAUCCGCACCAAGGGAUACAUAUUCAAUGAGAUGUCCUCUUUCCCCGAGACUAAAGCUGAAAGGCUGAUGUGCCAGCAGGAGACCGCUUUCUUCCUCAAGUACCACACCAUCCAGCUCAGCCGCAUCUACCCGAAGGGCCAGAGGAUCGACUCCUCCAACUACAACCCCGUUCCUUUCUGGAACUCAGGCUCGCAGAUGGUUGCUUUGAACUAUCAGACUCCGGAUAAGCCGAUGCAGAUUAAUGUGGGGAAGUUCAAGGAGAAUGGUGGCUGCGGAUACGUGUUGAAGCCGGACUUUAUGUUUGAUGAGAGCUACAACCCAUACUCGAAGAAGAGCAUUGAAAAGAAGGUGAAGCCGGUGACGGUGAUGCUCCGCGUGAUCGGUGCCAGACACCUGUGCAAGUCUGGCCGCGGAACCACCAGCCCCUCGGUGGAGGUCGAGAUCAUCGGAGCCGAGCACGACAGCGGCAUCAAGCUCGUUACCAAAACUGUUGCUGACAACGGAAUAAACCCGAUCUGGAAUGACAUUUGCGAGUUUGAACUGGCGAACCCUGAGCUGGCACUGAUCCGUUUCCUUGUUCAAGACGAGGACAUGUUCGCCGACAGGAAUUUCAUCGGCCAGGCCACGUUCCCGGUCAAGUGCCUGCGCACCGGCUACAGAAGCGUGCCCCUCAGUAACGGCUACUCUGAGGAACUAGAGCUGUCCUCUCUCCUGGUCCAUAUAUCGCUCAUCACUAGCAAGUAGAAAAAUUAGCAAAUAUGUUACCCCCUACAGCUGGGCGAUGCUAUUUCUAACCAAAAAUUUUCAGGCUACUCAUUAAGGUAAACGAAUUUAGUUAAAUAUGAGUCAAAAAUUUAUAGAGAGGCAAAAUUAUUAUAUCUUUAAAUAUUUAUGAAUCCUAUUAUAAUUGACGUUAUAUCUACAUUUAUACAAAUUAUACACUGGUACUUCUCUAUUGGAAUUCUUAUUGAAUGAAGUACUAUUAUUGAUCUUAGUAUGAAUUUGAUGUAGUUUUAUCUAUGUUUUGUAUCAGCGUUUACUAUUAGACGGAUUGGAAAAUAACCUCUAUCAUUAGAGGCUGAUAAAUUUUAGGUUUUCAGAAAAAAUAUCGAACUCUUGAUUAUUAUGUAUACAGGAUGUAUAUCGGUAUAAGGUAGUUAGUAGUCGGGGAUUUUCAAUUCAUGAUAUUUAUAGAUAGAGCGGUAAAAACACAUUAGCCAUAUCUUCAAUUCCUUAGAAGCCUAUCCUAGAUUAGCCUCCAGAAUUUCGUAGCAAAAGACCUUGCAAAUCUUACCCCAAAAUUUUCUGCGGGGGAAAUGUUAUCAAUGUUUUCAAGGUAAGCUUGACCAAAUUUAAAGAAAGUCGAUAUACCAUUUAAUAUCUUUUAGGCUAGACGAAAAGUAUUCUUCUAAAAGAUGUUGCUCCGAGGCAUCUACGCUAUUGUCGUACGCUCAAGCAAAUCUGCCAAGAUUUAAUUUAGUGAGAGUUCUGAAGUGUCAUAAACUUUCUGAAUAUCUGCCAGCCUGGUUUCAGGUAAUCUAUUAUGUCCCAAGUGAAUGUAGUACAUAAAACCCAUGUCAUUUUGACAAAAAUAUAUUUUAUAGAAGUAUGAAAACAAGAAAAGCUGCCAACCUCCCUGACACAUCAAAGAACUGAAAAGUAGGUUAUGAAGCUCAAGCGUGAUAUGAUGAGACUAAGAACUUUUGCACCCAAUACGUAUUGCCAGACACUGACCCUGUACUAUGCUCUAAGAGCAGAACUGUUACCGCUACGGUAACAAGAUGUCGGCAAACUACAUAAGCUCGUAGUACAGGCACUGGACUGAUUGGUAUAUAGUAAAGCUUAUCAUGUACAAGGGUAGCCCUUUGUGAACUUAAAAGUGAGAACAGUGCUUUACAAGAUAGGUAUAUUUAGUAUGUGCUCGGGGAUUCUGAGAAUGCAAAUAAGAGCUUAGUAAGACUGGUAUUUUAAAAAUCUGGUAUACCUAUUGGAAAUUAUUGAUGCCAAUAUAAGAUAAAUUUAAUAAAUUAUAGUAAGCGUUGAACGCGACAAGUAUAUUAUAUCUUAUUUUCCCAAGAGUGGGCAAUCAAUGGCAUUUAGUCUAUGUGAAAGUUCUUUCACUCCAAUUAUUUUGGGAACCUUUACACUCGAACAAAAAAAACAAUACUUAUAUAUACGUAUUGACUAUGUAUACACUUUCCUUGUAGUUUUAAUUUAUUCAGAUGUUUAGCUUAACUUGAACAAAUUAUUAAUAUUUACACUCGAAUAUUGCACUUUGACCUUAUAUAACGUAUAUGAAAAUGCUAUAACGUAUUCUUAAAUACCACUUCUGACUAUGGAAGGAAAUACUUGACCCUAAGCUGCAAUAGUCUUUACACCUAUCAAUAAGAAAAACUUUCAUUGCAUGAUGAUAAUUUUGUAAAGUCCUCAAAAAAAGUUGUUGACCUCCUUGGUCUGAAGUAGUAUAUAGGUAUCUAUAGAAUUACUGAACAUUACCAUAUCUCGUUGCAUAUUAUUAACAUUUAACAAUAUUGUUACAAACGAACAAACAAUCUCAAUAUAUCUAAUCUCAAAACAUUUUACACAUUUACUAUUACUCUAUUGACAUUUAUAAAUGUAUUUCUGAUUUAGCAUAAUGUUGUAAUAAUAAGUAUGUUAUAAUAAUCACUAUAUAGGUGUUUAGGGAGAUAAGAGGGUGUUACUUGAUAAUGUUAUACGGUGUACUGGUUUUUAAAACAAACGAAAGUAUUUGCAUCGAAACUUGCACUGCCCGAAUUUGGUAUUCUUAUGAACAUUCUUUACAUUAUUUAUGUUCAGCCAGCACUGUGUUAUAUAUUCUGUGACUUUAUGGACUUUUUGAAAUGCUGACCUAUAGUAAUAAAUACUAAAUACGUUGAUCAGUUGUCUAGCACUCAUAUUAUUGAUUGGGUUUGCCAAGUUUGUGACUAGAUGGCGUUAUGUGAUAAAAAAGUAUAUUCCCCAAAAGAAUGUGGGGUCUCACGUCAGUGUAUUACAAAUUAGGUAAAGAGAGACGAAUUGUUUUUAUUCGUGAGUUUAUUGGUUUUCUAAAAGUAUAUUGUUAAGAGCACAGCAAUAUUUAAAAUGUGAGCAGUGCUUGGCCAAUCAUCUAAUUUAAUUUUAAAAAUCCAAAUACAAUUCCUAAUUAAACAAAUAAUAAUAAAAAAUAUCUUA